GUUGUGUGUUUUCCUUUCUUCCCCCUUCCGCGUCUUAUCCCCGCCCCGAGCGCGACGUCAUCCACCCCCCGCUGCUGCUCGGCGAGCCAAUGAGACGAGCGCAGGAGGGCGGCGGGGCCAAUGAGCGCGCCGGGCCGCCAGCGGGGCCGGGCCUAGGGGGCCAAAGAAGCCGGGCGCGGAGCCGGGGCGUCAAGUGAUCGUGGCGGCCGGGCGAGAGGCCGCCGGGGCCGGCCAUGUCGCGAUGGUUCUUCCCGUGGUCGAGCUCGAUCAAGAAGCGCGCCUGCCGGUACCUGCUGCAGCACUACCUGGGACACUUCCUAGAGGAGCGGCUCGGGCUGGAGCAGCUCAGCCUCGACCUCUACGCUGGCGCUGGGAAGCUCAGCCGCAUCCACCUCGACGUCUGGGUGAGGCUCACGAAGCCCCAGGGAGGGUGGCCCGUCCGCCUCUGCCUCGAGCCCGGCCUUCUUGGGCCUCCCCACCCCCGGGAGUGGGAGGAAGGGCAGGCCAGGAAGGGUACCCCAGGCAGGCAGGCAGUCCCACCGGUAAAGCACUCCAUCCCCUCACUCUUUGCAGGUGGCUGUGGCUGAGCGGAGGGCUGCCUCUUGCUCUCCAGUCGCAGUCGCCCCGCUUGUCACGGCCUACCUGGCUGUCCUUCCUCGGUCAGGCGUCCUCCUGUUAUGAGUUAUAAAUAUCUGCCCCAUAAUAUGUCGUGCCAACUGGGCUUCCCAAGGAGAAUAAGGUGGCAUCGCUGGGGCACUUCCUCCUGCCCACAGCAAACCUCAGGUGGGGUGGCUGGCCCAGGAGUUCACAUGUCUCUCCAGCCUCCCAUGUUAUCCUCACAACAGCCCUGUAAGGCAGGUUAGGUGGAAGGUGUGUGCAUUGGAGUAAGGCCACCUAGUGAGCUUUGUGCCUGGUUUGGGAUUUGAACCUGGAUCUUCCCAGUCCUAGCUAAACAUUCAACAUUACAUUUUUAAUGCUGACACCUGCCCUGGGACCUUAGGGUGAAGGGCAGGUAAUUAAUAAGAAUACAACACCACCACACUGGCUUUCUGUAGAACACACCGAGCCUCUUCUUUAGUGGGCUCCAGGAAGCACUCCGCUAAAAGUGUGGGCUUUCCCUCCAGAGUUAUGUUUGUUGCUCUAGCUGGGGUUGGGGUAGGUGUGGCGUGAGUCUCCCCACUCCCCAUUGUGGAAUGAUGUUGGGAGCCAGCAGGGUUUUCUCUUUAUUUUACUUGGGCCUAGUUUUGCUUUGCUAUGUUGGUGAAAAAAAAUACUUUCUAUUGAGCCUUAGUAUAGUAUGACAAGCUUCAUAUUUUUCAGUUCCUUGGGUCUAGAAUUCUGUGCAAAAUGGAAAUUGUUAUGAGUAUUAAUAAUGCAUUUGUUUGCCAAAAGCUUCUGUCAUAAUACAGUUGAUUAGAGUUAGACUAUUAAGGUGCCACCAGCCAUUGUUGCUGUUGUUGAGAGAGGGAGGGAGGGACUUCCUCUUAGAAGCACAUGAGUUCUCGAUAAGGUAACUAACAGGUAGAUCAACAACCAGUUUGAGCAUUUCAGCAUGUAACCAUUGUCUUGACAAUGCCAGAUUAUCCUCUAAGCAGGAAGAGGGACAGCCUGCCUUACUGCACGGAGAUUGUUGUUGUUAUUAUUACGUAUUAUUAUUAUUACAGUUACAUAAGACAGUUAAAAACAACAAACAUAUUUAAAGCUAGACUAAAAGUUUAACAAAGUAAUAAUUACCCAUUUACCCAGCUGGGAAUGCUUGUUGAAUGAAAAUGUCUUCAACUCUUUCCAGAAAUUGCAGAUAUAGUGGGUGCCUGUUGUAUUUGGACAGGAAUGGGAUUUGUGGCAAGGGCAGAGGGGCAUCUCUGGGCCCUCCCAGUAGCCUUGGACUCCUGACACCCAUCGCCAAAGCCAAUGUCCAGGAAUGAUGUUGCAAUCCAGACACAUCUGGAAAGCCACAUGCCGUGUCUCCUGUUCGGAGGUGCAGUGCUGGGGGGAGCGAAUGCAAGCUGAUGUCUUUUGCUGACCCUGGGCCCAGUGUCAGAGCUGGCCUUGCCCCACCACCCUUGCAGUGGGGCACUCUCUUGGAGGAAUGUGCUCUGGGUUUCCUCUACAGGUUGUUGUUGGGCUGAGCUUUUGCUAGGUUUUUCCUGCUGGUGGCUGAGCACAGCCAGCCUUGCCCUGCUUAGUGGCAAUGGGGCAGCCUCCUGGCCUCUUUUCAGUGAUGUCUGCCAUUUGACCCUUUGAUAACUGGGGAUGGGGCUUAGGCAGAUUGACGGCAGCUUGGUGGCCAGGCUCCUCCUUACCAUGCCGAAUCUCCCAGGUUCAAUCCCUGGCAUUUCCAGGUAGCGCCAGAAAAGUCUCCUGUCUGAUAGCCACCGCUUGUCCAGGUUGACAAUGCUGUACUGUGCUUUGUGGACCAACACUCAGGGCUUGGCAUGAGCCAGCACCCUAAUUGCCCCUCUCCACCUCCACUUCAUCUUACCUUGUUGUAACCAGGUAUCUUGGCCUGUAAUGCAGCCCACUUUGCUCCAGCCUUUGAAGAGGCAUUUGGGGCUGGGGGCUGUGAUGGAGGGCUUGGGAUGAACAGUGGGUGCAUGAGUGCAGAUGACCCAUCUUCUCAAGUGCUAAACGGGGGAAAGCUUGCACUACAAUAGGAAGCCCAGGUAAGGCGGCCACUAAAGGCAGGAAUCCUAGAACGGUGACGUUGGAAGGGACCCCGAGGCUCAUGUAGGUUGGCUUUUGACCAGCCUUCAGCCAUUAUUUGCUCCCAUCUCAGGCAAAUGGGCAUCUUGUUGGAAGCACAUUGUGAGAACCGUCUCAUUCUUUUUCAAAUAAAAGGGGACAUGUAAACAAGGAACUUAGUGUUUGGGACCUGCCUAAAAGGAAGCUCUGCAUGCAGGCAUUCCCUGGGAAUUCUCUGCCAGUCUAUGGAGCAGGCAAGGUGUGAUCACUCCCCUUGAGACCCUUUGGCCUUCUGGCCGUAGUUGCAGUCCUGGUGGCAAAUCAGUGGGUUUCCCCACCCCACAUCUCCAAAUGGGGAGGAUGGUUGUUACUCCAGAACCAACAAGCCUCUGAAGUAGGCGGCUGUGGCUUGUCGUCGGCCUGUCUUGUGAUGGAGUGGGGAGGUGGUGCUGUUCCCCAGGCUGUUGGUGCUGUGAUCCACUAUCCUGCUCUGGAGAAAGGCCAGCUGUCUAUAAUUAUCCUCGCAAGUCACUGCCUCCUGCUCCCCUGCUGUCCUUUCACAUCUUUCCCCCAGUUUCUCCCCACACUUCCUCCUCCCUGUUCUUAGCUUUUCUGCAAGAAGUCACAAGAUUGUGCUGAAGGGAGCUUGCCUGACUCUUUUAGCCCAAGCAGAAUUUGGGUGGCUUAGGGAGGCCUAGGUCCUUUGGGGCCCUAUUCCCACUUGCUUCACAGCCCUCCCUGCCCCAUCUUCCUUCUAGGGUGCAAUCUAGAAUGAAGCCCCCUCCGCCUCUGCUUCAGUACAGGACACAGGGUUAGGGUGAUGUGGAUGCUCCCUGCUGGGGCAGUUUCCUCUGGUUCAGGCAAUCCUGCAACCCUCAAAUUCCUCUUCUUGUUUAUAUCCUGCCCUUCCUCCCAAAGGAACCUUAGGCAGGGGAGUGCCCCCAAAGGUGUGUGAUAGAGAGAUUAGGGGGGUUCUUGCCCGGUGGAUCUCAGCAGCUUCCUGGAGCAGCAAGACAGGAUGGGAGGUAUCAAGUAGCCUGAGGAAUUCUGGCUUGUUUGUCUCCUGGACUCACAUGCUUCCUCACCACGUCAUUGCUGUUGCCUCACUGGCAUGGCUGAUGCUAGACUCACAGCUGCAGAAGUCCCGGCCUGUUUUCUCUCAAGGAAAGCCUGCUUGGGGGGGGGGGGCAGGGGAAUUAUCCAGGGCAUAUCUGCUGUCAGAGGAAUAAGAACACAGGAACAUGAAGAGAGCCUUACUGCUGGAUCAGGCAUUUGUUCUCACAGUAGCCACACAGAUUUUUCUGCUAAGCUUGCAAAGCUGGGUGCAACAGCAACACUCUUUGCUCACGUGUGACUUUCAUUUGGAGAUAGGCUGCCUCUGGCACUGGAGGCAGAGCGUUGGCCCUCACGCCUGGUAGCCACAGAUAGCCUUCUUGUCCUCCAUUAAUUUGUUAGAUCGUGUUGUAAAGCCAUCUAGGUUGGUGGCCUCACUGCCUGCUGCGGGAGGGGGCUCCAUGGCUUAACUGUGCGCUGUGUGAAGGACUUUCUUUUUUAUCUGUCCUGAAUCUCAGGGACAUUCAGCUUCACUGGAUGCCCCUGAGUUCUGCUGCUAUGGUGAGAAAAGGAGAGAGAGAAAAUCUCUAUCCGCUUUCUUCACCCUGCACUUAAUCUUAUGCACCUUUAUCAUGUCCUCCUCGCUUACUUUCAUUUUUUUCUAAACUGGAAAGCCCAACUUUUGCAGUGUUUUCUUCCCAGGGGAGGUUGCUCCAUCCCCUUCAACUUUUCUUAACCAUUUCCAGCUCUACAAUAUCUUUGUUUUUUCGGUGACGCAAUCUGAACUGUGAACAAUAUUAAGUGUGGUUGCAAAAUGUUCUGCCCUGUCCCUGUAUUUUUGGGACAGCCUCCCACACCACCUGUGUGAUCGAAUCUCUUUUCAGAACCAAGCUUUUCCAUGAACCCUUUUCUACAGCCCUUAUGCUCUCUAUGCUCUGCAGCAACUGAAAUAACCACACAUGCAUCCUGAUUAUUAUUAUUAUUAAUUACUAGGUGUUUACCCUCAGGUGAAGUUACACCAUUAAAACACAGUAUUUAAAACAGUUUAAAACAACAUACAAUUGCAGAAACAAGGUGGGUCCUAAAAAGAUAUACCUCAGGUGUCAUAGGUAAGGGCAAAGAGGUGCAUAUUGGAAGGUGCCAGACACACCUCUGUGGGGAGGGAGUCCCACAGCCUACGCCUGCCUGCCUCCUCUUCGCUCUCCUUCAGCUGUCUGAUCUCCCUUGUGUUAGAUUUUAGAUUGUAAGCUCCUUGGGGCAGGGACUCUGCAAAGCAGCAGGCAAAGUGAUGGCACUAUAUCAAGGCUGGAGAACUAACCUCAGGCCACCCCUCCUCUCCGAGGCCAUAGCCCUCACUGGGUCUGCUUCACCCAGUCUUGAGAAUUCUUGCCUGACUGAGAUGAACCCUUAUCAUGUCUUGUGCUUGUCUGGAUGGAGAACGGUGUGCAAGUAGGUGUAGAGCGUAGCCUGUGUCCCAGAGGUAAAAUUUACAUUUGUUGCUCCACCUACUUUUGCCUCUGGCCCCGCCUGCCCCACAUGUGGCCCUUGGAGGGUUGCCUAGAAGGGAGUGUGGCCCUCAGGCUGGAAGAGGAUUCCCCAGCCCUUAGCUAUGGAAUCAGUUACCUUUCCAGUGCUGUGUGGGUACAUCUAUGGGACCCCACUUGCACCCCCCUGCUGCAUAACCACAAUCCUUUCUCUCCCCCCGCACCCCACUCAAUACUUGUGGGCUGUAUCCCUGGAACUGUAUCCAUGGGAAGCUGGUUAGCCUUUCACGGGGCCAGUCCUUGCUCCCUCAACCCAGCCCUGUCUCUCUCUCUGCUGCAGUCCGUCAACGAGUUCCUGGAGUCCGUCGGAGCCCCCUUGGAGAUCGUCGACGGCUUCAUCGACAGCAUCGCCGUCACCAUCCCCUGGUCCGCCUUAGUCACAGAGAACUGCACCGUGGAAGUGAGCGGCCUGCAGAUCACGUGCCGGCCGAAGUAUCGUACUGGUGAGAACCGGAGGAGAGGGAGAGAGGGGACAGUACUGAUCUGGAAGCUGGGGGUGGGCAAGUGGGCAGCCUCCUGCCUGCCUCACCUGGUGGCUCUCUCUUCUCCCUCUGCCCUCCUGCAGCUGCCCCUGGCUCUGAGUCACAGAGCUGGGCAUCAUGCAUGACCACCAGCAUGCAGCUGGCACAGGAGUGCCUGAAGGAGCAGGCCGAGGAGCCCUCGGACACCCCCCAGCCCCUGGAGGGGCUCGAGAUGUUUGCCCAAACCAUUGAAACCGGUGAGUCCUUGGGCAGGGGAAAACGGGUGGCCGUUCUGCUGGAAGAGCUUUUGGUGGUUUAGUAGCUCCUAGUGGGAUUAUUCCCACCCCCACAGCCUGCUCCUGAAGGGGUGCAGGCAGGACCGAGGGCAAGGAGGUCCCCCCCUUUGUCCUUCCCUGCCUGCCAGCCUCCUGACCCCCCGUUCUCCUUUGCUGUCUGCCAGUUCUGCGAAGGAUUGAAGUCACCUUCUUGGACACUGUGAUACGUGUGGAGCAUGUGCCAAGUGGCUCACAGGGCAGCGUGGCUCUUGAGAUGCACAUCAAAAGGUAAUUGGCUUUAAGGUGCUCAGGUGCUUUUUAUUGGUAGGAAGGGUAGGGAGGGGGAGGGGCUCCUGCUGCUCAGGAUUCCAACUCCUCCAUUCUGUCCCCCUCCCCACCUGGCUUUCCAUUCCCGCCUCUCUCUUCUGUCCCCGCCCAUUCUCAAUCCUUAUUGGGUUGUCCUGUGGGGUUCUCCCUCCCACUUUUUAUACAAAACCCCAGGAUUCCUCCACCCUGCAAAGCCCUGCCGAAGCUUCUCUCUUGAACAUAAACCCUAUGCUGUUUUGCCUGUGUAAGAGGCUGUCCCUUUCAGCCUAAAUAGCAGGAAUUGAUGUGUGUAUAUGAUUUUAAUGUGGCUGAACAGCACAUUUAUAGCAGCGGGGGAACAGAGGGUGACCUCUCAAGACUAAGCAGACAUUCAGAAAGGUCAUGGUUUGAAAUAGAGCCCUUUUGGGGUAGAGAGAAGACAAGGAGGACAGAAUAGCUGAAGGGAUUUCCCCAGGUAGGUAGAGCUUGGUCAACCAUCACCAAAGGGUCACUUGGGGGCUGCUUGUUCCCUCUGUGCCCCCAGCUGAGCUCUUGAUGCUUUGGCUGUCUGCUGCCUUCAUUUCUUCCCUCCCUCCCCCCGCCAGAUUGGACUACUGUGACGAAGCCGUGAAGGAACCUGGGCAGGCAAUCACCGUAGACAUCCACCAGCCUCCACCGUUUGUGCACAAGAUCCUGCAGCUGAGCGGGGUCCUUCUUUACUAUGAGGAGUUUGCGGGUGGCGCGGGCGCCCACAAGCCAUCGUCCCCUGUCCCAAAGGUACAGCCCCCUGGGGGGGCCUUCCUUGGUAGGGGGGACUUGACUUUCAUGGGUGUCAAAGCACUCUGUCCGUCUUGGGCUUCCCAUCCACCGAGGGGUGAGGAGGGUGCGUGUUGUGGGCUUCCCUUUGUUCAGAACUGCCUCGUCUCUCCUCUCCACCCUAGGGGGCUACCGAUUCUUCAGAGUCCCAGGUGGAGGAGGCAGAGGAGGAAGAGGCUUCCCCCAGCUCUCUGCUUCAGAUUGGCAGCUGCUCUGGAUACACGGAGAUGAGGAUCAAGCUGAAGCAGAAUGAGGCCUUUCCUGGGCCCAAGGUGAGUUAAAACGGUGCCUGCAGCCUUCCAGCGAACAGCUGAUGCAUGGGAAAGCCAUGCCUUGUGUGAGCUGGGGGGCUGUUGGACUGCUCUGCUGAGGCAUAGGCAGCUGCAACCCCCCCCCCCCGGUGGAGAAGUUUAAAGAAGGCGUCCCCCCAAUGCCUUGGCUGCCUUUGCACAGGCAGGCGGUUGCGCUGCCUCUUUCUCCCGUGAGGAAGAGGGGGCCUGCCAACAGAGGCUGCCUCUGGCUCGUGAGGAGGCAUGUUUUGAACUUUCUCCCCCUCUCUCUGCGCAGCUGGAACUGGAUGGGAAGAUGGGGUCACUGCACCUCCUGCUUGCCCCCCAACAGAUCUUAUACCUGCUGGAUCUUCUGUCUUCCCUGAACUUCUCUGGUGAGCUCUGUGCGACGUGGGUGGGAGGAGAGAUGGAGAAAGAGCACUGUGCAAACCCACAAGAGGUUUGACCUCCUGCCCUGAAGAGAUGGGGUUGUUGUGGCUCCUUUGCUCCAGCCCAGCAAGGCCUGUCGGGGUAGCACAUUUGAACCCAUGCACGCCUUUUUCCCCUCCCUGGAGGAGGUGCCAACUUUUGCACUGGGACAGGUGAGCCUUCUGCAGCCCUCCAGGUCUCUCCUAAUCCUCUUCUCUUUCUUCUCUCUCCCCCCCCCCCCAAGAAUCCAGCCUCUUGCAGGAGCAGCUGAGCAAGAGUCGCCCCCUUGACUCAGAGGACCUGAAGCUGAUUGAGCAGGACCUCAGCCAACAGCUGCACUCAGGGCUGGGGGCUGGCCCCACCCGCCUGGAGGGGAUGGAGACCUGCGUCGGGCUGGAGAACGGAGGUGACUGCUGCCGGGGGGUUGGGGAGCAGCUUUGCAGGCAGGAAGAUCCCAGGUGUCAAAUCCCCAAUAGCAGCAGCUCCAGGCAGAGAUGCUGAAGAGCUGCUGCCAGUCAGUGCAGGCAGUACUGAAUGAGAUAGACCAAGUCAGAACAGGGACCUAAGGCAGCUUCCUAUGUUUCCACCUCUCCUCCUCCUUCAUCCUGGGUACAUCUACCAGGCCCAGGUUCAAUCCCUUGCAUUGCCCUCUUAAAAGGAUUCAAUUAGCAGAAGGCUAUUUUCUCUGUUGCCUACUGAUGUUUGAGCGACCUUGAAAUGAAGCCCCACUUGAUUCCUGCUUGGUUUCCGGACAAGGUCUUGGCGUGUUAACUGGUCCCCUUGACGGACGGGACUGAGCUGGUGGCUGCUUUGCCCCCCUCCUUCUUGCUCCUCCUUGGCCAACUUUCCCUUCCUUUUCAGAGAUGUUCUUCUCCAUGGCUCCCAUGACCAGCAGCGUGACCUCCGUGCGCUCAGCCAGCGAGCUCUCGGACAUCGACCUGGACUCCUCCAUGCACAGUGACGCUGGCACCAGCCGCCUACAGGCGCUGCCCUUCGCGCCAGGGGUAAGAGCCCCAGCAGGCUAUGGAGGAAGGCAGAGGGAGGGGUGACCCUGGGCAAGUUUCCGGUGGGCUUGGACAGGUCAUGCCUGAGACCUGGGUGCUUGAGGAGUUUGGGCAGGAGGACCCAGGGGAAGGCCUCCUCAUGUUGGGGGGGGGGGCUUCCUUUGCUCCCUAUCCCAUCUCAUCACCAGCUGCCCAGGCACACAGCUUCAAUGCUGCCCCCCCAAGUUUCCAGGCGGCAACUUAACACAGCUGGCCCAAGACAAAGGACAGACUGACGCAUCCCCCUCUCCAUGUUCAGAAGCUGGCCAGACUGAGAGCUGAUUCAGACUUCAGUGCUGGCAACAGGAUAGCACCCCCCUAUCCCAGCAUGCCUGAGGGCUGCGGACUAGUUUAGGGGGUGCAGGGCCCUCCCGCUUCUGCACGCCACAGAGGGGGACCGCCAAGGAGGCCGUGCUGCUGACAUCCCUCAGCAACUGCUGUCUGAGGCUUUUGCCUUCCUCUGCCAAAUGGCCUUGCCGGUAGGCCUGCUCUGCUCCCAGAGCUACUUGCCCUGUUCUCAACUCUCCAUCUUUCUCUCAUCUCCACUCCGCCCACCCCCCCGCACAGCUGAUGUUGAGCAGUCCCAGGCGUUACGGACGGUCACCCUUUGCUGCCACCCUGCCGUGCCUCAACAAGAUACCAAGUAAGGUGGUUUAAAUUGCAAAUUGGUGGGAGGGAGAGGGUGGGAUUGUGCAGCACUUCCUGAUAAGCCCAAGUAGUGCCAAGGAGGAGGCGGGUGCGAGAGACCCAUGGGGUGUUUUCCCCCCACUGGCUUUGAAGGGAAGACUGGUUGGUUGGUUAGAGCAUUUGUACCCUGCUCUUCAGCCAGAAAGGCUCCCAGAGUAGGGUACAAAUGCUGUAACUAACAUACAGUCGAAACAAGGCAGUCCCUGCCUACAGGCUUACAAUCCGAAGGAACAUGGCACACAAGGGGAAAAGAACAGGGAGGGAAGAGGAAAGGGAGAGAGAGAGGCGCUUGUAGGAAGGAAGCCAUCACUCCUUAUGACACUAUAGAGGUGUAGCUUGUCCUGGUUUUCAGUCAAAUGAAGGCUGCCAGAGUAGCUUACAGAUAUCAGUAGUGAGACAGUCCCUGUUCUCAGCAUUACAAUCUAGCAGAUGUGGCACUGAAGGAAAAUGGCUUGGAGGGUAGGAGGAAAAAAGUAAUCUCGAGUGUUACAAAAGAAGAGACCUACUGCUUGGUAUGCAGAAGUUCUGGUGUGUUCAGCACCUCCUUUUCAAAAAUCUGUUUCAUUGAGAUCCUAGAGAGCUGCUGCCAGCCAGAACAGACAUUGCUGGACUUGGUGGACCAGCAGUUUAACAGCUUCUUAAGAGUUUCUCUCAGCAAUCUCUGGGGCAGCUGCAUCCAAGUUCAGGUUUUUCUGCUCCAAGACUCACUCUCUCUCUCUCCCUUGCAUAGGCAAGACCAGCCACCCGCAACCCCCCUCUCUGGAGAACCAGCGGCCUGAGGUGUUGUUGCGGCUGACGAUUGGAGGGCUCACUCUCACCCUGCUGCACCAGACCCCAGAGGCCCCACAUCUGCAGCUGGCUCAGCGCUUCUUCUCCCAGCUCGGGGGCCUGAAGGACUCUGCCUUUGGGGGCCGGGAUUUCCAGCCCCUGCGCCAGUGCUUUGAGGGGGCCUGUCCACGCAGCAACGUCAGGUGUGUAUUGGGAACCGAAGGCCUGAGCACAGCAGAAAAACCAACCCUCCCAGGUGCUCUGCCCAGGCUCUGUGGUGUGUGUUUGUGUUAUAACAUUUGUUUAAAUCUGUGGUUCCCAAAGUAGGCAAUAGCAAUGGGAUUACCUGGGGGGGGGGGUGCUGUAAGAGGCAAGGGGACAGAAGGGGGCUGCUGGAGGUGUAAAUAACUAUCAGACUUUGCAAAGCUGGCAUCACUGCAUCAAGUUCAUCAAUAUUGUUGAAUUAAUUAAACUAAAUAGUUUUCAUUGGAUUUUGGAUAAAUGUGCAAUUAAUUGUUACAGUUUUGAGUUUCGCUGUGAUAUUAUCUUCCUUAGUGGGUCAUGCAAAGAAUGCAUUUGACAAGGUAGGGUGGGAGGUCCAGGGGGUGAGUUUAGGGAACCAAGGGGGCACUGGCCUGGAAAAGUUUGGGAACCGCUGGAUUGCCAUUGCACUUGGCUUGCAAAAAUGUAUCAUAGAAUCAGAAGAGUCCCUGAGGAUCAUCUAGUCCAGUGUUUCCCAACCUUGGGCCUCCAGCUGUUUUCGAACUACAAUUCCCAUCAUCCCUGACCACUGGUCUUGCUAGCUGAGGAUUAUGGGAGUUGUAGUCCAAAAACAGCUGGAGGCCCAAGGUUGGGAAAUGCUGAUCUAGUCCAACCCCCUGCAAUGCAGGAAUAUGCAUCUGUCCCUUACGGGGAUUGAACUUGCAACCUUGGCAUUAUCAGCGCCAUGUUCUAACUGACUGAGCUAUGCAGAGAUAGUAGACAUCCUACAGUGGAUGUGACUUAAUGAGAGCCUGCUGGAUCAGGGAUGAUGGGAGUUGUAGUCCAACCGCACCCGGAGGCUCCCCGGGUCCCCACCCCGGCUCUGUGCUUCGAUGCCAGCAGGCAAGGGACAUUCCCUGCACCUUGCGCUUGCCACGUUUGCCAUCUGGGUGUCCGUUUGCCUCUUCCAGGCUGACUGGAGCCGCCGUGCAGAUCAGCUGCGAGCACAAGGCCUCUGGGCAGUUGCACAUGUUCAGCUGGGAUGCAUCCUUUGGGCUCCUGGAGAUCUUGGAGUGCCUGUGGACCGACGACAGGACGCAAGCCAAGCCAGAGUACACCGAGGUGAGCACCAUCAAGGGGAGUGCAAGAGCAGGGGGCACCUGGGCGCUGCUCACCCCCCCCCAUGCCCACUUGCACUUCCUGCCCCAGACGAACUGGAGGCUCCCCGGAGCCCUGGCUGCAUUGGUGUCACCAACAAAACUAUCAGUGGAGCAGCCGCCUGUCUGAUGAAGAGCAUGGAGUUCUUUUGUCAGAGGGCAUCCUUGGUAAACCGGUUUCGCUUCUUUCUCAGCUGCUGGUCUUCGCCACCCCUAGUGCCUUUCCCUACAGCCAGUCGCCUCGCCCCUGUGCCCGUCUCCAAACCAAGCAUUCGGAGAAGCGGCCUUCCUCCUCCAAGGUGAGUCUUCCAGCAGGCAGGGGGCUUUUCACGCAGAUCCAGCAGCAAAUUUCUUUCCCCUUCUCACUCGCUGGAGAAAUUCUGGGCAGCAGUGGGUGGAGCCUUCGUCCUCCUUGGCAAACCAUAAGUGCAUGAGUGUGUCCUGUUAUGUCCCACCAACUCCCUUGAAGAGCAAGGAAAGUGCUUUGCCAGGGACCGGUGUGCCUCGGUGGGCUGGGUUUGCCCCACAAGCCACAAGUCAAAAAGCGGCAAUGGUGCCAAAGAAGGACAGAACUUUUUAUUUUAUUUUGUAUGUUCCUUUUUAUUUUUCAUGUAUUCUUUUUUCUGUACUUUGUAUUUUCUUGUAUUUUUACUUUUUGUUUUUACGUAAUUCUUGUAUUCUCUGAAAUGUUAAUAAAUAUCAUAAAAAAAAAAAAAAGCGGCAAUGCUGGCACCAGGUGAGCGAGCCUCUCUGGGAAGGUCAUUCCAUAACUUGGGAGCGUCGUGGCAGAAAAAGGCCUCUCCCUGGCUGGGAACUGCAGGAAUCCUCCGUGUUUCAUUUUGUUUCUGAAAAAUACUUCCAGGAAAGAGUUAACUGGAUAAAAUUAAAAUGAAAGCCGGACAGAGCCAGGUCCCAAGUCUAAACCAGCCUGUGGCUUUCCAGGUGUUUUUAGACUCCUGACUUCCAUUAGCCGAAGGCUGCAAAGACAGUGAGGUGUUGUAGUCCGAUGGGACCUGGAGCGCCUCAAUGCAACCUAAGACUUGGGCCAAACCUGGGUUAGCAGAGCUCUUGUUUUCGCUGGGGAGACGCCUGCAGCUUGCCAACUCUUGCCGCUGUGCUUCCAGAGCCGCCUUGCCAAGGUCCCUGCCAAGCAAACGGUGGAGCUGGUGGCAGAGCUGGACGACUUCUGCUCAGAUGUGGACCUGGCGACGCUCGACCGCCUUUGCUCGCUGCUGUGCCGUGCCACGACGCCCUCCACGCCAGCCUGGCCUCCUCCCGAGGCACACUUGGUAAGUGGGGGGCGGAGCAGACUGAGAGGCCACGGCACCCGCUUCUCCCCCCGCCCCCAUCAGGAAGAGCCUCCUCUAAUGGUUUUCUCUCCCCACUCUUCCCCACCCCGCUCCUGGCUGGGCGCCAGGCAGAUUCUCCCCCUGCUGCCAAGUGGCAGGCAAGUGUGCGACUGGCAGCGCCCAAGGCCACCCUGAGGCUGCAGUUCCCGAUCCCAGACCUCCGUCCGUGGCCCGAGAGGCGGCCCUGGGCCCAGAAGGCCGUGCGGCAGGAGAGCCUGCGCCUGGACCUGGCCGGCGUGGAGCUGCAGGUGGAGCUCGGGCUGGCAGGCGUCACCCAGCUGGAACUUGCCUUCAGUGACCUGCAUGGUAAGGAGAGAGGCUGCUGCAGGACCCCUGCUCCCUCCCUCCAAAAAGACCCCAGUAGUUGCUGCCGCCCCCCUCCCACUUAUUGCCGCAGCUCAGACAGGAGGGGACCUGGGACGCUCCAAAGCAGUUAACAUUUCCUUGGUGGAAAGGUGGGAUUUAAAUUCAGUAAAUAAACAUAAAUUCCAAGAUCCAUGCCCCAACAAGUUGUGAAUGCAAGGAGUGGUGGUGGUUUGAUGUGGUUUGGGUGCCAGCUUUGCUGUGGGUCUCCUUUCGCCCGGGAGUGGGGAUCUGAACCCUGAUGCUGUUUGGGUGAUUUGCAGGCACGUACGAAGGCGCUGAGAAGCUGGCUGUGCCGUGUUUGCGGGUCGGCAAAGCCCCCGACCUGUCCGCCAAAGGGACGGGGAAGAAGUACCUCCUCCCCAAGUAAGUCUGGUUUCCGCGUGCAACCUCCCUUUGCUACAGCAGUCAGGGUGGGCUUGGGUGCUGCCUUGGCGAGGGCAUCCUGCUCUCUGUCCCGACGUCUUGGGUCUUUUUUGGGGGGGGGGAAGCAUCCACAAAGGUUCUGGCCCCUCUCUCCAGCGCUGUCCUCUCCCCCUGGCAGAAUUGUGUUGACCCUCCGCCCUCGGGCCAGCGACACUCCCUGGGACUUGGCCCUGGCGAAGCCCGGAGAGAUGGAGCUGUCGACGGCCGAGAGCCCCUGCGAGCUGAAGCAGCCGGAGCCUUCGCCCUUCUCCUCCAAGCGGACCAUGUACGAGACGGAGGAGGUGAGAGGGUGAAGCGACCCAGGGGAUGGCGGGGUUUGUGUGUGCAGCUGCUAAUAACCUAAGGGGCGUCUGCUGGACCAGGCCAAUGGCCCACCUAGUCCAGCAUCUAAUUCUCACAGCGGCUAACCAGAUGCCCCUAUGGGAAGCCCACAAGCAGGACCCAAGAGCAGAUCUCCCUUCUUGAGACUUCCAGCAACUGGGAUUUGGAACCAUUGCAGGUUUCGUCUGUGGAGGCAAAGCCCAGCCAUCCUGACGAUCAGCCAUUGAUCACCUUUCCCUCGUCCAUGUAUACGUCAGGAGCUUGUCCUACACUCGAGUAGGACCCUGGCAGAGACACAGGCCCAACUGGCAUGUUCUCUCCCUCCUGGUCGAGCGUUCGGGAGCUUCAAAAGCUUUCUUCAGCCUGAACAUCACAGCAACCAACGCCAACAGACAUUGGCACCCAUAGGAUCUGCAGAGUCUGCGCAGUUCGUGUGACAGACCUCAGCAACUCAGCAUUUUGGCUAAUCUACUUUAUUUACAUAUAAACACACACGGAGCACUGCAACAUGGCUCACUCUCUCUCUCUAGCAUCAGACAGCAAAGAGAAAAAACCAAGGACAAUAGUCCCACUUCACGGAACACAUUAACAUCCUGUCUCCGUCACUUCCCACUUUGUGGAGUCAAAACAUAUACCAUCAUGUGAUAGACAACAAUCCCAUGACUGCAAUCAUGGAGCAGGAAUUCUAACAGUAUAUGCCCCGUGGGUGGGAGUUUUGCAGCUGCAGUGUGGCGUUGGCACCAGCUUCCUGCCAGCUUCGGAUCCACCCUGCCCCUCCACUUUUCCCCUCUAGAUGGUGAUCCCUGGAGAUCCUGAGGAGAUGGCGGAAUUCCAGAGCCAGACGCUGGAGGCCUCCCAGUAUGCCCUGGAGGUGACCUUCCCCACCAUGCACAUUUUCCUCCCUAGUAAGGACUUCUACGAGAGCAUCUACAACAGGUCAGAGUCCCGUGCACCUGGGUGUCCAGGGGGUUGGGGGCAGCAGGAGCCCCUGAGCAAGUUGGGCAUGUCCCCCUCGAGGCUCUUCUGCACAAGGGGCGGGACAGAGUCCCCGUACUCAGAAAGCAGAAUUUGUCCUUUCCAUCGGGGGAAUGGGAGGAAUCUGCCUUAGACCAGGUCAGGCCAUUUGUCCAUGUAGACCAGUAUUGUCUGCUCUGACUGGCAGCAUCUCUCCAGGGUCUUUCAUAUUUCUUGACUGCUACCUACUGCCAGGGACUUAGCCCGCCUGCAUGACACCUGCUCUGCCAUUGAGCUUGUGGCCCUUCCCUUGGUUCGAAACAAGACCUUCUGGGCAUCUCUCUCUCUCUCUACCCCGCAUGGCCAUGAUUGACACCACGCUCUGACCCUCUAAGCUAGCUGGUGGGCUCUGCAGUCCCUGACAUUUGCUGCAUCCUUGGGAUAAGCUGCAGGGGUGGGGAGCCUGUGGUCAUAAGGACAACAGAAAUGUAGCUCUUGAUAUCUUAGUCUUCCAUGAAUUCGUACAAACCUCUUUUAAAGCCAUCCAAGUCUUCACUGCCUCCUGUGGGAGGGAGUUCCACAGUUUAACUCAACUUACUCACAUAGUGCGGAGUUUCUUAUGUAUUAUUACUAUUAUUAUUUAUUAAAUUUAUAUACUCCCCUUCAAAAGAUCUCAGGGCUACCCUGAGAGGUGCGGCUGAGUUGACUGGCAUCCAAGGUCAUCCAGUGAGCUUCUUGGCCAUGAGGGGAUUGAGCCCUGAUCUCACCCAGGUCUUUGUCCCGCACUCUAACCACUACACCACACUGUCAUGGGACAGGCUGUUCACGCUGACCUUCUUUUCCUCCUCUAGGAUCAAUAAUGAUCUCCUGAUGUUCGAGUCCUUCAGCCCACCGCCCACCCCCUCCGAGCUUCUGGGGGGCGCUGGGUCCACAGCAACCCCCUUUGUUGGAGAAGCACCCGCAGACACCCGCUGGCAGGAGAACUUCAAGAUGUGCAAGUCGGCCUUUAAGCUGGGUGAGGGAGGGCACCCCCAUGUUGGAGGGUGGGGGGUGGGAGGGAAGGGAAGGGAGGGAGGAGGGUCUUGGUACACACGAGUUCCUUCGAGAGGCAAGACUGGGUCUCGGCCAUCACCAUCUUGUAACUUGGCUAAGCAUGCUUUAUAGUCUGCCUGGAUUUGGCAGAGGGGGGGGGGGGGCAGCAGGAAACAGGCUCUAUUCUGGGCAGUGCAGAGGUUUUUUGGGUCUGUAAAAAAAUGCCUUCCCCGCCUUCCUCUCCCUGCCUUCCAGAUUCAGACUCCGAAGAUGAGGAUUCUCACUUCUACUCCGUGGAUGAGGCAGCACAGCGGAAGAAGGGGGAACAGAGGAGUCCCUUUCCCCAGAGUUGUGUCUCUGUUGUGCUCUCUGUGGGGAAGGGGCGGGUCACAGCCCUGUGCGAUGCCAAGGUAAAGGGAGGUGGGAAGGGAAGAGAGAGAAGGUUACAAGCUGACCACUCAUGUGACCCUGAGAUGGGGGAGGCAUUAUUUAUUUUAUCUGAUGCUAUUUUAAUUAUAAAGCAUUCAUAAACCGUUCAGCAUUUUAAUAAUCCCUGAGCCAGGGGACAGCAAACUUUUUCAGCAGGGGGCCAGUCCACUGUCCCUCAGACCUUGUGGGGGGCUGGACUAUAUUUUGGAAAAAAAUAUGAACGAAUUUCUAUGCCCCACAAAGAACCCAGAGGUGCAUUUUAAAUAAAAGGACACAUUCUACUCAUGUAAAAACACGCAGAUUCCCAGACUGUCCGUGGGCUGGAUUUAGAAGGCAGUUGGGCCGCAUCUGGCCUCCGGGUCUUAGUUUGCUUACCCAUGCCCUAAGCAGUAUGGGAAGCUUUCAACCAUGUACUGUGGCUAAAUUUGGAAGGGGGCAUUAAAUCUUAGGUUUGGCAUAGACCCUUUAGCUUGUUGGCACGGCUGCUGUGUGCUCCGUGCAAGCUAGGGCUUGCUUGAGCCACUAGGGCUUCCUGAACUCUUGACCAUGGUCCUUCGUCCUUUGGUCCUGGCCCAUGGCUCCUGGUUGCCAGCUCACCUGGGGCUCUUGCCAACCAGAUUCCUGUAGGAAACCCUCAGGAAGGAUUCAAGCACAAGAGCCCUCUCCCCUUCUGUGGCUUCCAGCAAGUGGAAUUCAGAAGCAUUGCUGCCUCCAACCGCAGAGGCAGAGCAGAGCCAUCGUGGCUCCAUGAAUUUGUCUGUUCCUCUAAAGUCGUCCAAGUUGGUGACUGUCACUCCCAACUCUCUCUCUCUGGCUGUGCAGGGUGAGGGGGGCAAGAAGCUGGAGGGAUCUCACGGCGAGCUGGUCCUGGACGUGGAAAGCGGCAGUCUCUUCAGCGUCUCGCGGUACAAGGGUCGCGAGGACCUCGGCUACUUCUGCAUUGAGGCCGAGAAAGUUGCACUUUAUCACAAGGGUAGGGCUCUGGCCCCUGGGUCGCGAAGGGGGAAUAGGGGUGUGCCAGGGUCAGUGGGUACUUGUGGCUGGCUGUGCCCUGGCUGAGAGGGGUGGUGGCCACGUCAAAUGGAGGUUAACCCCCUGUGAUCCAUCCCCGAUAAGGCAUCUUUUCUUCUUGCCAUAUAAGGAAGGAUUUGGGACCCUGCAGGGGGAGCUGUUCUUUGGAGGAGAAGGUUGUAAACCUCUAGGAAAUGUUAACCCAGGAUGUCCUCUCUUGUCCCUGCAGCUGUGGUGGAGGACUACCUCAUGGCGGAGCAUCUGGAAAUCUCCAACUUUUUGCCCCCAGAGGGGCUCAACCCCACCAUCUAUGCCUCCCAAGAGGGCCCCAUCACCUGGCCCUUGGGGAACAAGAAGGACGGGCCCAUGAAGAUGCUCUCCCUGGCUAUCCAGAUCAACCUGGAUUUGGAGAAGAACAUCAAGGUAUUGUGACCAUUGGAUCCAUCUUCCCUGCAGAUCAGAAGGAGGGAAGGGGGAGCCCUUUAGACUGUUGGUGGGCUAUCUUUGGAACUUCCUCUUCCAAACCUCGGGGAAGAUUUGUUUUCUUUUAUUCCUGUCCCAUCUUUCAUGGCCAGCAGCUUGCAAGGUGAUAGGUAGGACCAUGCUGAGCCAAUAAAGGUGGUCGAGUCAGAGGAAAUGGCUCUGUCUAGUGCCAUUCAUUUGUUAAACUGAUAGGCCGCUUCGUAGCAUAAAGCCACCAAAGUGGUGUAUACAGUAAAAACCACAAGCUCUAAGAAUCGAUUCAUUGAACUCUGAAACGCAUGACCCCCAAGCCACACAAGAGACAUAUUUUCAUGAGCUGUUCCUUCACAGCUUGCAUAACUUUCAGGUAGCACAGAGGCUGAGCCCAUGAGUCCCAGUUCAUGAAUCCUACCACACCUGCCUAAUAGGGAUCUUCUCAGUGGGGGCUCCCCCAUUCAUGGAAUGCUCUCCCCAGGGAGGCAUGCCUGGCACCGUCACUAUGUUUUUAGGGCAAAAACAUUCUCCUUCUCCCAGGCUUUUGGAUCUGCUCUUUUGUGGGGGUGGGGUUUAUAUUAUUUAUUAAAAUAUAUGGAACCAUAUCAUAUUCUCUCAUUCAUAUAUAUAUAUAUGGGGUGUGUGUGGUUUUGCAACAAUAAAAACAUAAAACCAUGCAAUAAAACCACAGAAAAGUAAAAAAACUUGAGUUGGAUCUGCUAAUAUUUAUUUGUAUUACUGGUGUAUUUCAGGUAUAGUUUUAUUAUAUACCUGUUUUGGGACUUGGCCUUUUGAUUUUGGUUUGUUUUUUUAAAGUUGCUUUGAGUUCUCUCUUCUGAAAAACAACAAUAAUAAAUAUUAAUAAUAAUUUAAACGGGGUGUGUGUGUGUGUGUGUGUGAAUAGUGAGGUUGGGACAUCCCAGAUGAGCUGCUUCAGUACUUCCAACGUUACCCAGGUUGCUUUCUCAUCAUCCGCCCCUACCUGGUCAGGGUGUUGUGCAAUGGGCUCCUCCCACUGAGAAAAAAAUCAGAGGCAAAGUGCGCCUUUCAACGUGGCCUGAGACCCCCGUUUCUUCCUCGUCUGUUUCAGGAGUUCCUGGUGACGCUGCGCCUUGAAGGGGCCACCAUGCGGCAUCACAUGGCCCUGACCCACCAGAGCUGGUACACACAGGUGAGGUCCGCCCCCACAAGAGAGGCGGGUCGUGCACCGCGAGGGGUUGAGCACGAUUCUUGACCCAGAGGAGUUCCACACUUCGCACGAUGGGGAAGGGGAUGUCCUAUGGGUCUCUGCUGCCAUAGAGGGCUGUCAUCAUUGACCGGUCUCAUGCUGCGGGUGUGUGUCCCCCAAAUCUGACUGUGCUCAUCUGUCCCCUCAGUUGAUUGACUUCCUGGAUGUCCUGGAUGACCCCAUCCUGGGCUUUGUGCCCCCAACGGUCAUCACAGUGCUGCACACCCACCUGUUCAGCUGUGCUGUGGAUUACAGGUAUUUAUUGGGACAUAGAAAGCUGCCUUCUCUGCCAGCUCAGACCGUCGGUCCGUUGAGCUCAUUAUGGCCAACAUGGUGCCCCGGAAACUGUCCCUUGGUGCCCAUGAAGCCUCAAAAGAGCCCCCUACCCUGUCACUGCCUCCUUGGUCACGAGGGAGUAAGGAUGAUGAAGGUUUUCCUACCCCCCUUGAACAAGUACAUAGAGCUGAAGGAGGAAGUGGGGAAGAGUGGCACUCUUUUCCACUUCCUCUUUCAGCUCUAUGUGGUUUUUCAAGGCUGAGAUUAAUUCUACUGGGUCCAACUUUGGCCCAGAUUCCUUGCAGAAGUAUGUGCAACAUCUUUCUGUGACAGGGGUGUGGGAAGAGAAGUGACCAGAGGAGGCAGCCUCUUCCUGCCACCCACAGAGGUUCAGGUGACUUGGGGUGGGAGGACGGCAGCCACUGUCCAACACCCCUGGUACACUUGAGUUCUGUCUUCUCCCCUGCAGGCCUCUCUACUUGCCAAUCCGGGUCCUCAUCACAGCCGAGACCUUCACCCUCUCCAGCAACAUCAUUGUGGACACGUCCGUCUUCCUCCUCCGGUGGGUCUCCACCUCCUACCCUGCUCUUUCCCAGAGUCCUUUUGCUUGCACAAAGAGGAGACCUUGAGGCCAGCUGGUUGCAGCCUAUGUGACGCACUGGAGGGGGGAGGUCUGGGGCCAAGACAGCUGCUAUGAUUGCCCAUACAGUGGUACCUCGGGUUACAUACGCUUCAGGUUACAGACUCCGCUAACCCAGAAAUAGUGCCUCAGGUUAAGAACUUUGCUUCAGGAUGAGAACAGAAAUCGUGCUCCAGUGGCACGACAGCAGCAGGAGGUCCCAUUAGCUAAAGUGGUGCUUCAGGUUAAGAACAGUUUCAGGUUAAGAACAGACCUCCGGAACAAAUUACGUACUUAACCCAAGGUACCACUGUACUUGGAACUUAAUUACUUGCACACACACCCCAAAGAGCAUAAGGUAGUUUGUCUGCUUCUCUCCCCGCCCCCACCUAUUUUAUGAGGUCAGUUGGGGCAACAGACGGUGACUGGCUCAAAGCCACCCAGUCCUUUCUACGGCUGCCUAGCAGUUUUUGAGCUGUUUAAUUCACAACAACCCUGUGAGGUAGGAUAUAUCCCGCCCCCGUCCCAAGGGUUUCUCCCUCUCUAUUGUGUCCUCCUAACGACUCUGCGAGGGAGGUGAGGCAGGGAGAGACUGGCCCAAAGCCACCCAGUAAGUUGUGUGGCUAAGUGGGGAUUUCACCCCUGGGUCUCCCCAGCCCUAGCCCAGCCUUCUCCAGCAUUUCUCACCACUGGGGAUGAUGGGAGUUACGGCCCCCACAACAGCAUCUAGAGGGCCUCACUUUGGGAGAGGCUCACCACCACCACCGCUGAGCGCUUGGAGGCAGCUGCGGGCAAAGGCUCUUCCUUGGUUGGCAUAACUGGCUGGCAAAGCGGGAGUAGGCGCUGCAGAUCAGGUGCCUUCCCCCUUUGGAACACCCCCAGUUUCUGCCGGCACAACGUAAGCAGCUAUUGGCCUCUCUUGACCUGUUUCCCCCAGGAUGCUCCUAACCAGCCACCCUGUUCUCCCCGCAGGUUCAUUUUGGACGACUCGGCCCUUUACCUCUCAAACAAAUGUGACACAGAGAUGGGCGACCUGAGGAGAGGUAACGUUGCUGGGCUUUGGCUCUCCCUACAUAAGAACAUGAGGAGGAGAGCCUGCUGGAUCAGGCCCAUGCCCCAUCUAGUUCAGCAUCCUGUUCUCAGGGAGCACCUGAAGAACUAUUCAUCCCCUGUCCUCACCUUUACCUGGAGAGAUGCUGGUGGUCCAAUCUGGGACCUUCUGCAGGCAGAGCAGCUUCUCAGAUGCUGGAAGUAAUGUUCCUCUCUCUGUCUCCCGGUCUCAGAUUAUGUUUGCGUUGUGGAUGUGGACCUUCUGGAGCUGGUGAUCACCACGUUUAAGGGAGCCACGACAGGGAAGCUGGUGAGUUCCGAGAGGCCUUUAUGGGAGACGCGAGGAGCCACCUUGCAAGGAGGGUUUGCAUCUCUAGUCCAAGUUGCUGGCUUUCUCUGUAAGUCCCUUCUGUGGGGAGCAGAAGUCCUGACUCACCAGGGCUGGGAAAGGGGCUGAUGGAAACAAUGUCCUCCAUCUACUUUUGAGACAUAGGCAAAAAUAACCUGAGUGGAGCUUUGUGGAUCAGGCCUCUUGUCAUAGGCUCAUAGAGUUGGAAGGGAUCUCGAGGGUCAUCUGGUCCAAAACCCUGCAAUGAAGGAAUCUCAGCUAAAGCAUCCCUGACAGAUGGCCACCCAACCUCCACUGUGGAACAGCUCUUACUGUCAGAAAGUUGUUCCUGAUGUUUAGUCAGAAAUAACAGCAGCAACAACAACAACAACAACAACAACAAUAAUUUAUUUAUACCCCACCCAUCUGGGCAGCUUCCAACAAAGUAUCAAAAUACAAUGGUCUAUAACAUUUGCGUUAACAUACACCAAGAUAGAAUUGCUAGUGUCUCCUUUAACAUGACACAUGAUGAACCUGGUAUAAGAAACAAUCCCAUACUGUUUCUACCAGGAAUGAAAAUCACCGUCCUUGUAACUUGAAGCCCCUGGUUCGAGUUCUACCCUCCAGAGCACUGUUCUCUCAGCGGCUGCCCAGAUGCCCGUGGGAAACUGGCAGGCACUAUCUGAGCACAAGCGCCCUCUCCUCUCCUGCAGUAUUCAGAAGCACUGCUGCCUCUAGUUAUGGAGCAAAACCAUCCUGGCUAGUUGCCAUCAGUGGCCUCGUCCUCCUUAACAAUAGCUUCCUCCUCCAUGAACAUUUAAUACACAUACAGUGGUGCCUCGCAAGACGAAAUUAAUUCAUUCUGUGAGUUUUUUCAUCUUGCGAAUUUUUCGUCUUGCGAAGCACGGUUUCCCAUAGGAAUGCACUGAAAAUCCAAAAGGAAACAAACUUGCAAGACGUUUUCGUCUUGCGAAGCAAGCCCAUAGGGAAAUUCGUCUUGCGAAGCAACUCAAAAAACGAAAAACUCUUUCGUCUUGCGAGUUUUUCGUCUUGUGAGGCAUUCGUCUUGCGAGGUACCACUGUACCACAUUUUAUCCUUUUAGAUGGCCAGGCAGAGCACAGCUGUUGUGGCCAGCAGCCAUCGAUAGCCCAUGAAUUUCUCCAAUCCUCAUUUUAAACAUCCAGACUGGUGGCCAGCAAGGAAACAUUUGUCUGGGGUGAUUUCUUUUCUUUCUUUUUUUAACUCUCUCUCUCUCACUGGUGCAGACCCGCCCUCUGUUUGAGCUCCGCUGCUCCAACAACGUUGUCCAUGUGCACACCUGCGCAGAUUCCUGUGCGGCCCUUGCCAACCUCAUCCAGUAUGUGGUGAACAAUGGGGACUUGCACCCCCCGCCCCACCAUGACAGCCCCACAGAGAUCGCUGGCCAGAAGGUGCAGGUGAGUGCCAAGUGGGCACGGGGUGGGGGGCGGGGAGCAGAUGAACCAGGGCCCGGGGUUGCUGCCACCUCCAACCGUAAGCUUAUGUUUUUAGUUUUUUAUUUGGACCAUUUAUAUACAGCUCGCAGUUAAACGAAACUCUUUUAAGCAGUUUGCAACAUAGGUUAAAACAUCUUAAAUAAACAGCAAAUGCCAAAAUGAAAAGGAGGGAAUUUCUACGUUCUAUGAAACUUAAAUAAAUAGAGUAUCCUCAUCAGUAUCAGAAUAAACAUUGCCACAUAAAAAUCAGCUGCGAAAAAAGUGCAAGGAAAAUCCAUAGUAAAGGACUAAAUCCAAGCAUCUCCUAAAAGAUCAGGAAGCAAAAUAAUUAAAAACGAAAAUGAGCCAAACAGUAUAAAUUUCACUUUAAAAAAACAAAAAACAAAACACCCGAUUCGCAAUGAAGCAAAAGAAAAUCAACUCAUUCUUCCCCACCACCAUACACCAAUCAAUCAUCCCAUUAAAUAAAUCGAGCCAAUUAAAUGCCCAGCUCCCUAUUCAGCAAUUUGCACAACUUAAUCUAACUACAGCUAAAAAUGCAGAUGAAGCGGCAGGUGAGACUUGAAAGCAACCCCCCUCUGUUUUUCUGAGUGACGCCGGUUCCCUUAUUUUGACUCUGGAACGUAUUAGAGUUAAUUAAAAGUGCGAGCAGGAUUUUGAAAUAGGCGGCCGUGGAUGAUAAAGGAUAAACGAUUAAUGAUAAAAUGUUAUGUCGCGCAGCAGGAAAGGGAGGGAACGGAAGAAGGGUGGGAAGUUGACUUUGUAUAAAACUGGAGGUUCACUGGAAUGCAACUUGCUUAAAAGUUUUGAAACUUAAUACAAAUUCAUUGGAGAGCAACCCCCCUCAGGUGGGCGCCCUGCUCUCGCCCUUGCUGCUUCCAGUGCGCUCACGCCCUCUUCUGUGCCCUGCUAGUUGUCCGAGAGCCCGGCGUCGCUGCCGUCAUGUCCACCUGCUGAGACUGCAGCCAUCAACCAGCAAGACCUCACAGACGCCCUCAUUGACACGGAGCGCAGCCUCCAGGAACUGGCCGGAGAGAUGGGUAAGGAAGAGCAACAGGAGGGGGAGUGCUUGGCUUUCCCUGGAUGCUGCUGGGUAGCGAUUCUUCGCCAAACAUUGGGGCAAGAUAUGGCAGGGUGAUGAUGAUAAUAAUAAUAAUAAUAAUUUAUUAUUUAUACCCCGCGCAUGUGGCUGGGUUUCCCCAGACACUCUGGGCGGCUUCCAACAGAACACUAAAAUACAAUAACCUAUUAAAUAUUAAAAGCUUCCCUAAACAGGGCUGCCUUCAGAUGUCUUCUAAAAGUUUGGUAGUUAUUUUUCCCUUUAACAUCUGGUGGGAGGGUGUUCCACAGGGCGGGUGCCACUACCGAGAAGGCCCUCUGCCUGGCUCCCUGUAACUUGGCUUCUCGUAGCGAGGGAACCUCCAGAAGGUUGAUUGUCAUCAAAUAUCUUUUUUUUAUCAAAACGAAAACAUUGAUCUAUAUAAAAACACAAAAAAGGAAAGAAGAAGAAAAAGGGAGAAAGAGAAUGAGAGAGAGAGAGAAGGAGAAGGAAUAAAAUGGGAAAGGGAAGAAAAAGAGGGAAUAAUGAAAGAAAGAGAAAAGCAAAAAAUUAAGUUAAGAAAAUAAAGAACUUCUUAUUCUUCAUCUGUCAGCUAUGUGUAAUCUCAUCCACUCUAAUAUAACUUCUGGCAAAACCAUCCACUCUUAAAACACGACAAGUUUUCUUGUCUUGUGUAAUGAGAGAAUGCUUCCCCCGAUCCCACCUUCAGCUGCGCCUUUUGCGUCCUCCCUGCUGGUCUUCCCAAGGCAGCGGAAGGUGGCUCAGAGCUGGGAGGAGCACAAGUUGAGUGGGGCUUGCCCUGUUUAAUAUAACCUUUCCCCCUUUCCCAGGUGACUCCGGGCUCAGGCGGCAGCCGUCCCCGGUUUCUGUCUACCUGUUCCCCGGGGAGAACGGAGCCAUGGGCAAGGCAGGAAAGACCCCGGCCCCACCACCCACUCCUGUCGGGGAGGGGCUGGACUUCAGCCCUUCGGAGGACAGUGAGGGUGAGAGCGAAGCCACGGACGACUUCUGCAUCCUGGACGCCCCAGGCACAGGAAUCCCGGUACGGCCUGGCCCUUCUGCAAGGGGAGUGCCAAGCCUCAGGCCAUCAGCUGUCUCUGGAGCCAAGCCUUUAUUUCUGUGGAUUUAGCAAAGCCAAGGGCCCUUGUCAAAGGCAGCGAUAGCUUCCAACUUGGAUGACUUUUAAGAGGCGCUAUUGAUGGCUCUGCCCUGCCUCCGCGGCUGGAGGCAGGAAUGUUUCUGCAUACCAAUUUCUGGAAACUAUGUGCUCUGAUCCUGCCUCUUGCUUCCUCUCUCUGCAGCCCCGAGACGGGGAGCCGGUGGUGACGAAGCUCUUGGAAGGCCCCGUUCGCAUCCAGGAGGGGCACUUCUCCCGCCCCCUGGGGAGCACGGACCUCCUGAAGGCCCCCUCGCGCUUCCCGGUCCCCGAGAGCCGGGUGAUGAUGCGGGAGAUCUCAGUGGUCUGGCAUCUCUAUGGCGGGAGGGACUUUGGGCUGGGGCGCUCUGCCUCUGGCCACGCCCACUCACCCAGGUGAGCCGCUUGCCCUCACCUGCCUACCUGUUGCUCUGCCACCUGUUUUUUAAAUUUAAUCCCCCACCCCACCCCAGAAGGUCCUCUUGGUUCGCAAGGAGACUGUCCCUAGAGCCUGAAGAGGACGUCGUCUUGUUGAAGCCUCCCUGCCUAACAGCUGACAUGCGGGGAAGUUCAGCAGCCAUCACUCGCUCCCUGCAUGUCAGUGGUGCAAGCCCCGCCUCCCUUCUGACUUGCGAGGAGACCCUCCCUAGAGCCCAAAGAGGACAUCCUCUUUGGACUCUGGGGAGCGGUCUCCUCGCAAGCCACUAGGACUCUCCAGGGUCUUCCCAAUACACACAAUUUCAGUUACACGCACGGAGGCCCCCCGCGUAAAUGGGGAGUUGCCUGUGCCAGUUUCUGGAAACCAAAAGAAGGGAAAGUUUUCUUGUGCUUGCCGGUUUCCCGUUGACGCAUCUAGCUGGCCAUUUAUGAGAACAGGAUGCUGGACCAGACUGGCCAUUUGCCAUCCGCCCAGCAGGCUUUUCUAGUAUGUUCUUAUGGCUGGCGGGGCGGAGGAGCAAGUCUCAUCCGUUGACUUUAACAUGCUCUCGCUCUCCAUACUUUUCCACCCCACUUUCUCUAGGACAAAGACGUCCCUUUCCAGCGCCCGCUCGUCCCCGUCCCGCUCCUCUGUCACCAACCGGCCCCAGAACACCUGGCGGGCUCAGGGGGGCACCAGCCGCAUCCACGACCUGUUGAUGGAGAUCCAGCUGACAAAGGUGAGAGCUGGUGGCUCAGGAGGGGGGCCUCACUCGCUGCUGAGGGGGCUCCUUCGAGUUUAAAAUGGGUGCCCCGAUUCCCAGGAGAGGUUCACCUGGCACCUUCAUUAUACAGUCAUACCUCACAUUACGUUUGCUUCAUGUUACGUUCUUUCAGGUUAUGUCCCAUGGCAACCCGGAAGUACCGGAAAGGGUUACUUCUGGGUUUUGCCGCUCGCGCAUGCGCAGAAGUGCAAAAAUGACGUCACGCGCAUGCACAGAAGCGCCAAAUCACAACCCGUGCGUGCGCAAACGUGCCGCUGCGGGUUGCGCUCUUUUCAUGUUGCGAACGGGCCUCCUGAACGGAUCCCAUUCGCAACCAGAGGUACCACUGUAUAUAUAUUUUUAGGCGCCAGGUGAAAGCGUUCUUCUUCAACCAGGCCUUUGUCUGAUUAAUAUUAGUCUUUUAAAUGUGCCUGUGGGAAAGGGUGGGUUAUUGUUCUGCUCUUUCGUUUAAAUUACUUGCAUGUUUCCUCUCCUGUAUUUUAUUACGUGAACCACCCUGAGGUCUUAGGAUGAAAAUAAAAAAAAUAUAAUUUCCUCAGAAAGGUCCUUGCAAGAACGGCUGUGCUUACUAUGCAGGGAAUUGCUCUGUUGGUUGGUGGGGUGCAAGAGAUCUGAAAGGAAAGAGGUGGGAAACACCAGGGCAUUGGGGUGGGGGGAGAGUGCUGGGCUAGGACUACAAUAUGCACCAAAAAUGCCCACUUGGUGACCCUGGGCCGUUCUUAGUCUCUUGGCCUGGCCUACCUCUUAGGGUUGUUUGUGAGAAGAAAAGUGGGGAGGGGGCAGCAUACACCACCCUGAGCUUCCUUUGAGGAAAGGUGAAUGAAUCAAAACAGUGGGGGAAAGGAAAAGUCUCCCCUGGACGUGUGCACGCAAACAGGCAGAAGCUGAAAAUUAUCCAGGAUAAGAAAAUGAAACUAACAUGCAAGUUGGAGAGAACGAACGAUUUAAAAUUAUUGCAACCUCACUUAUUGUUCCUUGAUAUAAUUUUGUUUUAUCUAUAUGUGGGUGUUGGUAAAGGGGAAUAGCUGAGGGAUGAGGGAUUUGCUUUUUUUUUUUUUUUUUUAAAGAUGUUAAUUACAGAUAAAUCUGUAAAAUAAGCAGCAUGUAAAAGUGGAUUCCCAAAAAAUUGGAAUAUCCCUGAGAGAGGGGGAACCCGGUAUUAAUUUCAAUUUGGUUUCAAUGUGUUACAAAUUUGAAAAUGAAUUGGCAAACAAACAAACAAACAGUGGUGGUGGGGGGAGUGGGACAAAGUGGUGACCUCACCUGUCCUCACCUCUCCUUUCCAGGUGAGUUUCCAACAUGAAACUUACCCCAGCAGCAGCAGCAGCAGCGGCACAUCUGAGAAACCCUCUGUGGAGUUGGAGGAGCAGCCCGUGGCCAGACAGGUCUUCAUUGUCCAGGAGCUGGAGAUCCGAGACCGCCUGGCCUCCUCUCAGAUCAACAAGUUCCUCUACCUGUACAGCAGCGAAUGCAUGCCGCGCCGAGCCCACUCCAACAUGGUACGGGGGGGGGGCAGCAGCAGGAGGAGCUGAGAGCAGGUGGGGGGUUGUGGGUUGCGUUGCUGGUGAGCACCAAGGAGCAGACCUCUCCCCUGGCUCUUGGCUGUCUCCACCUCUCCUUGGACUGGAAAAGUCCAGAUGAUCCCCUUUCCUGUAUGCUAUUUUGGGGGGGGGGGGGGCCCUCCAGUACUAGAUUACCGCAGUGCGCUUGAUGUGGGGAUGUCCCUUGCUCUCGAUCCGGAAGCUGAAGUCAGUGCAGAAUGCUGCAACACAGUUGCUGACAGGAAUGAGGCCUUGUCAGUAUAUAUAUCACCCCUGGGCAGAGAGAUCUUCUGCUUGCCGGUUUGCUGCUGGACCCGGGUUCAAGGUGUUGCUGUUAGUAUAGAAAGCCCUUUAACAACUUGGGACUAGUUUGCUUGCAAGAUGGGCCUUUCGACCUCUUCAAGCUGCAGAACUGGCACUGCUGCAGGUGCCACACAAUACCCGUUUUCAUUUGUAAGGGAUUGAUCUUUCGCUGUGGAACUUUGGAACUCCCUGCCUAUUGACAUCAGGCAGGCACCUUCACAGUACUCCUGCUAAAGACAUUUUGGAUUAGACAGCUCUGUCCAGAUACAUAGAAUGUCGAUGUGUGUUUUGACCUGAUUUUAGUUUAUUUUUAAUCCCUCUCCAAAUGUUUUAAAUAUCUGUUUAUCAGCGAUUUCAUUGUUCUUUUCAUAAACAGCUUUGAGGGUUCCCUCCCCAUACAAUAAUCAGUGGUAUAUAAAUGUUACAGACAAUAUAAACCCACCUGGAUCUUGAAGGCCUGAUGAGAGACACUGGUAGUUCAGCCUGGCUUGGAGUCUGAUAGUGAAACAGUUUUGUGGGUCGGGGGGAUUUGGCGCUGCUGAAGCUCAGCCUCUGGAAAGCUUCCCCGCCUUCUGUCACUGGGGGCCACCGCAAGACUGACCACCCCCACCCCUCUUUCUUCACAGCUCACCAUCAAAGCCCUGCACGUCUGCCCUGAGUCUGGUCUGGGGGGUCCCGAGUGCUGCCUUCGUGUCUCCUUGAUGCCACUCAGACUCAACAUUGACCAGGUGAGCGGGGGGUGGUGGUGUUAGGUGCUCUGCAGGGGACAGUGGGGGGGGGCACUUUGUUUGGGAGCACCCCUGCGCUCGGAACUCCCUGCCCUCCCACAGGAGGAAGAUGAUGUGCAUAGCCAAAAUGGCUGCGGCUCGGAUGCCUGGCCUGCUCCUAGCAUCGUAGAAUUGUAGAGUUGGAAAGGAUCAUCUGGUCCGACCACUUGCAAUGCAGGAAUCUUUUGCCCAAUGUGGGGCUCGAACACACAGCCCUGAGAUUAAAGGUCUCAUGCUCUACCAACUGAGCUGGGUUUUGUUUUUUUUUUUAAAGAUGCAUUUAGUUUGCAGCAUGCAAACAGGACAAACGGUAAAGAAGUAAGAAACAGUGACUGUGUGGAGCUUAUUAUUGCAAUAGAAUAAAACGAACAGAUCGCUUAGGACAGACACUGUAAUAAAAUAGAUUCUGCAAAGGGAUCUUUUUGAAGCAUCACAUUGAUACGGCAGAGGCAUGUGUUGUUGGGGGCCUAUGCAGUGCAGUAUAUUUAUUUAUAAAGUGUAUAAACUGAAACCGUACAACAUCAAAAUGGCUUCGUUCUGUAACCCCCCUCAAAUCCCUCUGGCAGUGGAUGAAAUGCUCAGACAAGGCCAUGCACCACACCUCUAAAACCGUCCCUAGAGGGACCUGAUGCAGAUGUCCAAUGUCCGGUGACUCUGAGUGUGGCUGCAGCAGAGCAAGCGGCUUCCUUGUGAGCCUUUUGGGAUGGGAGGGGUGGACCUGGCAAGACCAAGCAGGGUGGAUUCCUCCUCUUCUCCCUCCCAGUUUGCCCAAACUGGAGAUGGAGCUUCCAAGGAUGCUAUUACUAACUGCUAGAUUUAGGACUUCCGGGGUGGCGCCUCCGGAAAAUGGCGGAAUUCCCUUCGGACUGAAGGGAACCCGCUGCACGGAGGCUUGGGUCCUGCCGCUACGGCGCAGCGGGGACCCGCAAAAACCACAGGCGGAAGAAGCCUGUGGACGUGGGACUCGGCGGGCACCGAGAGCGCUCUCCCCGUGUACAGGAGCCCGGUAACGGGCUCCGGAGUGGGAGGUGCGUGGUGCUGUGAGUCGUCUGCUUCCUCCGUGCAGCAAAGCUGCACUGCCGUUAUCGGAGAGCGCUGCCUUUUUCCUGGACAAUUUGGCAUCUAAAACAUCUAUCCGUGAGUACCUGAUCUUGGAAGAGCUGAACCACUUUUAAGACUGGUGAAUAAACAAAUAAUAUUGGACUUGAAAUUGAACUUAAUUGGGACUCGGAAUGGGAAGGUCUAAACAGGAAGUCGCCUUCCGUUCUUUUGUUAUGUGAAGAAAGCAAAGACAAAAUAUACUAAAGCCUGAAAAUUAAAUUUUAAGAGAACUAGAAUUCAACAUCUAAGAUUUCUGAACCCCCUUUGACUGCAGGAGAAAAAGGGGUUGUAUUUGGACUUUUCAAUCCUGCGGAAGUGAGUUUAAAAUAAAGCAAUUUUCCACCGCCCUGAACCAGGAGCGGGCUGUCAGAAUUGACGUUUUGAAGUUUAUCCAGCUCGACAGUUAGUUAAAAGAAGGGUAACAUUUUGAUUCUACUGUUGCCUCUUGAAUUUGGAAGGGGGAAUUUUGGAUAAAGUGUUUCUGGAAAAAGAAAGAUUGUUGCUGUUGCUUUUAUUCCUUUAAAAAAAAUAAAAAUUCCAUCUAGUGGAAUUUAGUGAAAUUGCAACGCAGAGAGAUUAAAAGAGAAGAACUAUUGGACUAUUCUCGUGGGAAAGAAUUUUCUUUGACCUUGAAGGACAAUGCUAGUACAAAGGCUUGAACAAUUGUUCCUGGAAGGUUUUUCAAAACUAAGUGCCCAGCUGGACCAGAUGCGUCAGGAGACGACCUUGAUGAUGGAAGUUACCAGAGCACAGCAGCAAACAAAUGAAAUUCAGUUAAAGGCUAUACAAGCAUAUGAACCUGCUGUAGUGACGGAGGCUUCAGAGAUGGAGGGACCUUUGGACGGGCAAGAUCAGCCUUUGAACUUGAUAAAUGAACUUGGGACAAACCAGAUUCGGAAAGAUGAAAUGUGGUCAGAUUUGGAAAUGGGGGGAUGGAUCGACCCCCUCCAUAUGGUUAUUUGGACCUUCCGAGUCUGGUGAUGGGCUAUCAGAGGAUUGGAGUAGCCGAAGUCUCCAAGCUUUGUGGAAAUUUGAAGUGGUAUUAUUUGCUGUCUGGCUUGGGCAAUGGGUUUGGGAUGGACUUGUUGCAAAGGGUCAAAAGCAUUUUCUUGCUGGAGCAUCCACGACUGGAAAGGAAUCAUCAACAAGAGUGGCGAAAGGGGCAAGAAAGAGACUUGAGGGCCUCGGAUACGAGACAACCAGGUUAAGGAGCCGGAUUACCGAGGUUAAAAGGACUGACAAUCCCGGGUCCAGGGGAGGGAGGUUGGAAGCUGACUGGACUGAAUUUGACUUAUUAUUUUUCUUUUUUACUUUUAAUAUUGGGAAUGCUUACAAAUGUUUGAAGGAUGUUGAAUGAAAUUACAUGACUUAAGUAAGGAUUGGUAAAUGAUUCGUAAAAGGUAAUGAUGCAAGAAUUUGGUAAAUAUUGAAUAUAAGCUAUGAGUUUUAAAGUUUUUAUAUGACAAGAGGGAAAAUAGAAUAAGGAAACGUAAUGACAGAUUGUUAUGAAAAAACAGAAAGGAUUUGCUGUAAAAAUUAAAAAUUAAGAAACAAAAGAGGGGAGGAGGAGGAAGUCUAGAAAGGAAGUCAAUAGAGAUUGUAAAGGACUUUAUAUUUUUGUUUUUCUGUUUCUCUUUUUUUUUUCUUUGCGGCUGGGUUUUCUUUUCUUUUUUGUUUAUGCACUAAUUUUGUUUUUUGUAUCCUUAAAUUUUUUUUGGAAAUUUUUGUUGUUAUUUUUUGAAAAUUCAAUAAAUAUUAACUAUAAAAAUAAAUAAAUACUAACUGCUAGAUUUAUUGUAUGCCUGCUAUGAAAAUAGAAGUGGCACGAGGAUGAAAUACACAGGGAUCAAAACAAACUGGGAUUGCUGGUUCUAAAUGUGUUUUGAUGCAUUUUAAUUAUUGUUAGUUUCUAUUCAUUUGCAUUUUUUUUAUUCCCAAAUGUUGUAAGCCAUCUUGAAUCGCAGCUUGAGAGAAAGGUGGGAUAGAAAUACUAAAUAAUAAUAAUAAUAAUAAUAAUAAUAGGCUCUUGCUUUCCCCUUGCUUUUACUCCAGGAUGCCUUGUUCUUCCUCAAGGACUUCUUCACCAGUGUGGCUGCCAGCAUUAACCCCGUCGUGCCCUGUGACGCUGGCUCAGAAGGUGAGUAUCUGACUUCCCGGGAGGAUCUUCCUUUAAUAAUUUAAUAAUAAUUAAUUAAUUAAUUAUUAUUUAUUUCUACCCCGCCCAUAUGGCUGGGUUUCCCCAGCCACACUGGGCGGCUUUCAACUGAGGACCAAAAACAGAAUAAAACUUCAAACAUUAAAAACUUCCCUAAACAGGGCUGCCUUCAGAUGUCUUCUGAAAGGCGGAUAGUUGUUUAUUCCUUGACAUCUGACGAGAGGGCGUUCCACAGGGUGGAUGUCACUACCGAGAAGGCCCUCUGCCUGGUUCUCUGUAACCUCAUUUCUGACAGUCAGGGAACCACCAAAAGGCCCUCGGCGCUGGACCUCAGUGUCUGGGCUAAACAAUGGGGGUGGAGACACUCCUUCAGGUAUACUGGGCCAAGGCCAUUGAGGGCUUUUAAGGUCAGCACCAACACUUUGAAUUGUGCUUGGAAAUGUACUGGGAGCCAAUGUAGGUCUUUCAAGACUGGUGUCAUAUUUCAAGACCGGUCUCGGCGGCUGCUCCCAGUCACCAGUCUAGCUGCAUUCUGGAUUAGUUGCAAUUUCCAGGUCACCUUCAAAGGUAGCCCCACGUAGAGCGCAUUGCAGUAGUCCAAGCGGGAGAUAACCAGAGCAUGCACCACUCUGGCGAGACAGUCCAUGGGCAGGUAGGGUCUCAGCCUGUGUACCAGAUGGAGCUGGUAGACAGCUGCCCUGGACACAGAAUUGACCUGUGCCUCCGUGGACAGCUUUUCCCUUUCCCUAGAGGAGGAGGGCUUCCCCAGUUCCACACCACCCUCCUCACCAUGGCUGCCUCUUGGCCAUGCUGGUUGGGGCUGAUGGGGGUUGUAGUUCAACAACAUCCAGAGUGUCACAGGGAUGGCAGAGGCUGUCUAGAGGAACCCCCAGAGGUGCCCCCUUCCCUCUCUCUCUCUCUCAUUGCCCAAUGCUGCUCUUCCACUCCAUAGGUCGCCCAGAGUCCUCAGGGAAAGAGCCUGAGGGAGCGGAGGGGGAGAUGACAGCCUCGAUGGAGACCACGGCCAGCGAAAACAGCUCCUUGUCCAAUGCCUCCUCUUCCUCCUCUGACCAGCCCAUUUACUUCCGGUACAAUCGCUUGACGUGGGGAGGGAGAAAGGAUGGGGCGCGGGGAUGUUGGGGGGCAGCAGGGCCAACCUGCAGAGUCUUAGCUAAGAGUUCUAUCAAUUACUAUAUUUACACCCCACUUUUCCUCCAAGGAGCUCAAGGCAGCAUUUAUGGUUCCCUGGCUCCUCAUUUUCUUUCUCCCCCUCCCCGGUUCUGCCCCAUAAAAGCCCUGCGAGGUAGGUUAGGCUGAGAGGCAGUGACCAGUCCCAAGGUCACCCUCAGUGAGCCAAGUGGGGAUUUGAACCCUGGUCUCCCAGGUUGAGGUCUGACACUCUAACCACUACACCACAGGGGACUCCAGAAUUUAUAAUGCGUAUGAGAUAUGGGAAAUACAAGAGUCAUUGCCCGAUUGUUGUGGGAGGGUGCGUGUAGAAGGAAUGAGGAGGUGGCUAUCGAUGGCUACUAGCCAUCCCGGCUAUGCUCUGCCUCCACAGCUGGAGACAAAUAAAUGCUUAUAAAUACCAGUGGUUAGAAACCACAGGAAGGCAGAGGUCUUGCUUGAAGAUUUCCCAUAGGCACCUGGGAACGGGAUGAUAGACUAGAUGGGUUGUUGGCCUGAUCCAAGAAGCUCUUCUCAGGUGCUUAUGGAACCUCCAGGCCCAGAGGCAGUCUAUCUAGCUUUCAAGGUCCUUAGAGGUACACAGCCAUUGUGAGAACAGGAUGCUGGAGUAGACAGGCCACUGGAGUGGUAGCCGGCACUGCUGCCAGCGCUUUCCCACCACAAGGGAAAAAGCAUCUCCCGUUCUCUUUGGCUUCUCCCUCUCCAGAGAGUUCCGGUUCACGUCCGAAGUGCCCAUCUGGCUGGACUACCAAGGAAAGCAUGUGACCGUGGACCAAGUGGUGAGUAGUCUGCAGGAGCCCCUCCCUCCCCAGGCCUGGGGAACUUCCUUGUCCGCUAUAAGUGACCCCUUUGCAGAGCUGCUUCUCAGUCUCUCUCCGCCUUCCAGCCAUUCAUUCCAGCUGAUGUUGCUUUUGCGACAGGACAACUCAAGGGGUCUGCGUUUUAGGGUCUCAGCAUAGGACAGGGGUCAGCAAACUUUUUCAGCAGGGGCCAGUCCACUGUCCCUCAAACCUUGUGGGGGGCCAGACUAUAUUUUGGGGGGGGGAAAUGAAUGAAUUCCUAUGCCCCACAAAUAACCCAGAGAUGCAUUUUAAAUAAAAGGACACAUUCUACUCAUGUAAAAACACACUGAUUCCCAGACCAUCCGUGGGUCGGAUUGAGAAGGCGAUUGGGCCGGAUCCAGCCCCUGGGCCUUAGUUUGCCUACCCAUGGCAUAGGACUACAGAAAGGGCAUGGUGGCCCCCACCAGGCUGCCUCUUUCUCCCCUCUAAAGCCUGGCCCUGGUGCCCAGGAAAGGAUGGGGGUGGGGAGAGAGAUUAAUCCAGGGUUUCCCAAACUUGGGUCUCCAGCUGUUUUUGGACUACAACUCCAUCCUUAGCUAGUCAGGGAUGAUGGGAAUUGUAGUCCAAAACAUCUGGAGACCCAAGUUUGGGAAACCCUGGAUUAAACAAACGUGAGGGUGGGGAAGGGGAGUGCCUGUCCGGACGAGGCAGCGGGGUCGCUGGGUCAGUGUCCACCCUUCUUAGGAAGAAUUUUCUGGUGGCAAGAGCUGUUUGAUAGUGGAGACGACUCCGUUGGGAGGUGGUGGACUCUCCUUCACCUGAGGCUUUUAAACCAAGGCAGAGUGGCCACCUGUCAGGGAUUCUUCAGGUGCGAUUCCUGCACUGCAGGGGGUUGGCCUAGAUGACCCGCAGGGUCCCUUCCCAGUCUACAAAAAUUCUCUCCGUUUCUCCUUAGGGCACCUUUGCCGGCAUCCUCAUCGGCCUGGCGCAGCUCAACUGCUCUGAGCUCAAGCUCAAGAGGCUCUGCUGUCGACACGGGUGAGGAGCCACCUUUUUAGGGUAGCCAGGUGGGGUGUGUCAGUGGAGAGGAGGGCAAGGUGGGGCUCUAACCCCCCAGCAUCCUGGUGGUGCAUAGUAAGAAGCCAGUAUCUGAACGGAGGCAGCCCCAUUUAUCAGUUGUCAAGCUGGGCUGAAAAGCCGCAGGUGCUUCCACAUCCCGCUGCCUGAGACACUUCUGCCAGCAGCCCCUCCCCACGGCUUCACUUGCUUCACUGGCCUGGGGGGCCGGAUCUGGUGGGCGUUGCCCUUUGGGGCCCCUGACCUCCUCCUUCUCCGCAGGCUACUGGGCGUGGAGAAGGUGGUGAGCUACGCCCUGACCGAGUGGCUGACGGACAUCCGCAAGAACCAGCUGCCAGGCAUCCUGGGAGGCGUGGGGCCUAUGCACUCCGUGGUGCAGCUCUGUAAGUCUGGGGGGAGGAGGGGGUUGCCUGGGGAUGUAUCGGGCGGCAGUGUCGGGGGUUGGAAGGCUUCCUGUCUAUCUACAUAUACAAACAGGAGGGUAGUUAUGAGGACUAGAUGGAGCCUCCAGGCCCAGGCACAGUCUACCUCUCAACACCCAACUGCUGGGGAGAGGGAGCUGUUGCCUUCCCAUCCCUGCUUGUGGAUUUCCCAUUGGGGAAGAGUGUGCACCCAGUUGGCCAUGGUGGAAAGCAGCAUGCUGGACCAGGUAAGUCCCCCUUUGGCCUGAUCCAGCAGCACAGUUAAUAAUAAUAAUAAUAAUAAUAAUAAUAAUAAUAAUAAUAAAUUCAAUUUACAUACCAUCUUUUAUCAGAAGAUAUCAGGGAGAUGUGCAACAUUAGAAACACAUUACAAAACAUCAAUGGAAAAACAUAGUAAAAAGUAUACAGAGACAGCCUAAUAAUAAUCAUGAUCAUAACAUUCCUCUCUCUCCACACUUUUACAGGCCAUAGAUUAUGGAACAGCCAUAGGCCUGGGUAAAGGGGAAUGGUUUUGCCUGACACGCAACGGUGCUGCCCUUGCAUUUGCCCUCUCCUCUCUCUCUCCUUCCCUCCCAGUCCACGGCCUCCGUGACCUCUUCUGGCUGCCCAUCGAGCAGUACCGCAAGGACGGGCGGAUCAUCCGGGGCCUGCAGCGUGGGGCAGCCUCCUUCGGCACUUCAACCGCGUCGGCAGCCCUCGAGCUCAGCAACCGCCUGGUGCAGGCCAUCCAGGUUGGGACCGUGUGGUCUGAGAUGGGCAGGGGUGGUCUGCGGGGGGGGGGGGGGGCAGCUGCCCUUGUUCUUCUCCAGUCCUUAGUGAUGAGUUCAUAGAUGGUAGAGUUGGAAGAGACCUCAAGGGGCCAUCUGGUCCAACCCCUUAAACCACAGCCCCAUUUCACUGCCUAACAGCUCUUGCCUUCAGAAUGCUCCUUUGAAAGUUUAGUUGGAAUCUCCUUCCUUGUCCUUAGAAGCUGUUGGCUCCAUUCCUAUUCUUCAGAGCAGCAGAGAGCAAGCCUGCUCCAUCUCCCAUGCGACAGCCCUUCAGAUAUUGGAAGGCAUUGUGGUCCCCGCAAGGGCAAUGGGGUUCUCAGAACCGCCUUUCCUUCCUGCUUUGCCAUCCCUUCUCUCCCCCUUGCAGGCCACAGCAGAGACUGUCUACGACAUCCUGUCCCCUACCGCCCCCCCAAUGACGCGCACCCUCCUGGACAAGAAGCACACGCGCAAGCUGAGGCGUGGCCAGCAACCUGCCGACCUGCGUGAAGGGGUGGCCAAGGCCUAUGACACUGUGCGAGAGGUAAGGCCUAGAGCCAUCCAGGUUGGGAACCAUCCCUGCCUCCUGUGGGAGUGAGUUCCAUAGGCUAACUCUGCCCUGUGCAAAGAAGGGCUUCCUUUUAUCUGCCCUGAAUCUUCCAAAAUUCUGGCUUCCUUGAGCUGCUUUUGAGUUAGUUUCCUUGAGGCUUUUUCUCUUUCUGCACAUGCUGUGGUCCUUCUGGGCAAGCAAAUGCUGCCUCUGAUUUUCCAGCUGCCCCAUUUUGGCUCCAUAGCUAUCGGCACUCACUGUCUGAGUUCGCUAUUAGUGGAAUAUCAUAACUAUUUGUUUACACCCCCCAUAUAUAUAUGUACACACACACACACAGAGUGGUACCUCGGGUUACAGAUGCUUCAGGUUACAGACCCUUCAGGUUACAGACUCCCCUAACCCGGAAAUAGUACCUCGGGUUAAGAACUUUGCUUCAGGAUGAGAACAGAAAUCGUGCUCCGGUGGUGCAGCAGCAGUGGGAGGCCCCAUUAGCUAAAGUGGUACCUCAGAUUAAGAAACAUUUCAGGUUAAGAACAGACCUCCAGAACGAAUUAAGUUCUUAACCCGAGGUACCACUGUAUAAGCGUGUACAACAGCAGCUUACAUAAAAUUGAACUAGGAAAACAUGUUGCCUUGUAAAUUAAUGAUCUUUAUAUAUUUGAAAAGGAAUGAUCCUUCCAGCCAGGGUUUCCCCAACCUGGGUAUCCAAUAGUUUUUGGACUACAACUCCCAUCAUCCAUAGCUAGCAGGCCAAGUGGUAUGGGAUGAUGGGAAUAGUAGUCCAAAAACAGCUGGAGACCCAAGUUGGAGAAACCCUGCUUUCAGCCCUCUGGCAGGCCCUGACGUACGCUUUCUCUCCAUCCUUCUCUCCUCCUCCUCUGCACCAGUGUGGUGUAGUGGUUAAGAGCGGUGGACUCGUAAUCUGGUGAACCGGGUUUGCUUCCCCACUCCUCCACAUGCAGCUGCUGGGUGACCUUGGGCUAGUCACACUUCUCUGACGUCUCUCAGCCUCACUCACCUCACAGAGUGUUUGUUGUGGGGGAGGAAGGGAAAGGAGAAUGUUAGCCUCUUUUAGACUCCUUAGGGCAGUGAUAAAUCCAAACUCUUCUUCGUCCUCCUCCAGGGUGUCAUCGACACAGCCCAGGCCAUCUGCGAUGUGGCGACUCGUGGCCACGAGCAGAAAGGCAUCACCGGAGCGGUGGGAGGCGUCCUGCGGCAGAUCCCUCCCACCGUGGUCAAGCCCCUCAUUGUGGCCUCGGAAGCCACCUCCAACCUCCUGGGCGGUAUGCGCAACCAGAUCAAGCCCGACGCCCGGAAGGAGGAGUCCCUGAAGUGGCGCUCAGAAGAGGCUCAGGACUGACCGGGCGCCGCCACUGCUGCCUUCCACUGACCCGGGCUCAGAAGCGGGGCCGUUCCUCUUAAUCUACCCCGUUCAGGACAUUGGCAGGGCCACUGAAAGGACGCAGCCUCCCGCUUUGCCAGCCUUGCCACCCGCAGAAGAACCACGUGGUGGGGAAGAGCUUCUGCUUGGCGGGAUUGGUGCGCUCUCAAGCAGCAGCACGCCUGGCAUCACGAGGGUGGUGCCACCUCCUCUUGCCUCGCCCUUGUUUUUGUACUUGUCAGGAGUAUAGCUUCUGCCAUCCAUUUGGUGCAUGAGCUGCAGGCUGCAACUUCUCUCUCUCUCUCUGUCUCUCUCUGUCUCCCUCUCUCUCUGGGGUUGUUGGGAGAGACGGAAGGUUGGCUGAACAUUAAAGGACGUGACUUGUUUUCAGCUCCUGCUUCCAUAGGCAUUCGGUAAGGGGGUGAAGUGUCCUUUUCUUGGCCUGCUUUGCCCUGUCGGACAGUGUUUUGAUGUGCUGUACAGAUCAGGGACACGACUCCUUUCAGGUACAGAAGCAGGAAUUGACACAGGCACCCAUGAUGGGGGCGGGGGCGGGGGGUUGGUGUGUUUGUGGGGAGACCAGGAGGACCAACCCAGGCAGCCACAACCACACGAUUCAGUUUCAUUCUGACCAGCAGCAAAGCAAAAAGUUCUGCACAAGCUUUUUGGGCUCCCCAGUACGUCUUUCCUUCAGCCUGGAUGUUACAAAAGCCAGAGAUACUUCCACAAUAAAGGAGGACCAGAGGGCUGAGCCCAGAUUGUGUGCUGUGCUGUGCUGGGGGGGUGGGUGCAUGUUGCAGGAAGUGUGUGUGGCAAGGAAGGAGCAGGCAGGGAUUGGCUGCCGUUCCUGCACUGCAGGGGGUUGGACUCUAUGACCUUGGAAGUUCCUUCCAACUCUAAAAUUCUGUGACUGCCCUAGAAGGGCUUGCUUUGCAGGGCGGGGAAUGGAGCACAUUUUUUCUGCGUUCAAGGGAUUGGGAGCUCUUACCAGCAUCAGUCAGCAACGCUCCUAGCAGCCAGCAGGGGGCAGGAUUGUGCUACUCUGGAGAAACUAGGCAAGCCACCAGCUGCCUGAGGUCAAGUUUCUGGUUUCCGGAAUGCAGCAGCAGCAGCAGUGAAAAAGGUUCCCCCUUCCUCUCCCCUCCUCUUCUACUCAGUGCCAGCUAGAGGCUGAUGGGAGUUGUAGUCCGAAACAGCUGGAGGGUCCCAGGGUGGGAGAAGUGACUUCUCUGCAGUUUUGGGAAGCGGCCCUACACAGUCAGACCAUCUAGCCCAGUGUUGCUUACACUGACUGGCAGUAUCUCAGGCCCAGAAGGCUCUUUCCAGCCCUGCCUCAAGAUGCCAGGGGUUCAGACCCG